AUGACGAUUGAUUUAUUACGAAUUUGUUUGAUUAAUAUGCUUUCAUGGUCAGCUUUUGGAACGCCGAUAAUAUUUAUCUACGAAGGCUUUUAUCAAGGAUUUUCAUUAGGUGAACCUUUAAUAACAAUCAUUCUCUGUUUUGCACUUAGUAUUCUAACAAUUGUUUUGUGUUCAAUAAACAAUAUUAAAAAAAUUAUUAUCUUUGCUAGUAUUAAUACAGUGAUUAUUUUAAUUUUAUUCCUCAUCAAAAUAGUUUUGUUAUAUAAUUUUGUUGAUAAUAGUCGUCAAAUAUUUCAUCAACUAAUGGAAAAAUAUCCUAAUGGUGAAAAACCAGAUUCAGCUCAAUUCGUAUCAUAUUAUGUACCAAUUAAAGAUGAACAAUGUUGUGGUAUCGAUAAUAAUAAGAAUUUAUCAUUUGAAGAAUCCAAUUAUUUUCGUGUAAAUUUUUAUGACAAUUGUAUAAUAUUUUAUCCACCUACAUCAGAUUCUGAACAUCCAUAUCGUGGUCGACCAUGUAUGAAUUAUGUGCAUAAAUGGCAUCGCAGACUUAUAAAAUUUAUUCUUUUGGUAAUGGCUGAUUUAUUACCGAUUUCUUUAAGUGUUUUACUUUCAUUAUCAGUUCUUGGUGCACCAGGAUUGUAUGUUAUCGAAGGAUUUUUACACGGAUUUACGUUAAGCGGAACAUUAGCAUCAAUUAUUCUAUUUUCUAUUCAAAUAAAUCUUAUAAUUCUUUUAUGUGUAACAAAAAAUGUUAAAAUACUUAUACUGUUUCUUACAAUUGUUACUGUUAUUAUUUUAAUCAUAUUUAUAUUUGAAAUUUUUUCAUCACGAAAUUUUAUUGACAAUAGUCGUCAGAGGUUUUAUGAAUUAAUUGAAAAAUAUCCCGAUGGAACAAUACCCGAUGAUUGGAAUUUAAUUAUGUCUUAUCGUAUUAUUAAAGAUAGAAGAUGUUGUGGCAUUGAUUUGAAUAAAAAUUUAUCGCGUAGAGAAGGUCGUUAUUUUUAUGUCAAUUUUCCCUCAAAUUGCCUUAGGAUUUUUACUUAUAUGUCAAUAAAUCCCUACGAAAUUUAUCGUUUUCAACCAUGUAUGAACUACAUGCAUGAUUUGCAUUAUGUAGCUACAACAAGAAUACCAAAUAAUCAAAGAAGAAUUUAUCCAUCCAGUACAUCACUUAAUUAUCCAUCAAAUACAUUCAUAAUACCACCAGCAUAUCAGGAUAUUUUACCGAACGAAAACAAAAUAAAUAAUUAA